AGAGAGGCCCAGGUCGCAUUGGCGAUAGGCGACAGUUCAGGUUCCGCAUCACCACCACCCACCCACCCCGACUAACCGUGUUGUCCGACCGUCCAUCCAGCAGACAGCCGAGAACCGAUGGGUUGAGCGCCCACCCGUCCAUAAAAAGACAGCUGCUGUACGAGCGUUCUCCAUUCAUCGACAGGGCGUUCGUCUCGCCUCUCGACAUCUUUUUAUCGGUCAAGUGCUCUCACAUUGACGGAACACGGUCAUCUGGCUAUACUACUAUUCGACUCGCAUCCGGAACUAUCACCAUGGCUACCUACCUCAACUUGCCCAACGAUCUGCCUUGCCACAAGCAAGGAUUCCAGCCUGACGCUGGCGUCGAACAUCAAGUCCAUUCGAUCGCGCAACACUGGCUCACCCAGUUUGAAAUCGCUGCCACGACCAACAAUGCCGACUUGUUCGCAGGACUUUUUGUGAAGAAUGGGUUUUGGCGAGAUAUCAUCGCUUUCACCAACGACUACCGUUCCAUCCGGACCAGCAACAUCUCUGAGGCUGCCAAGGCUCGAUUCCCCGUGGUAAAGGCGCGCAACUUUGUCUUUGCCGAGACCGAGCCCGCCCUCUCGCAACCUUUCGACGACGUCUCGUUCAUCGACCUGUUCUUCGAAUUCGAGACCGAGCUCGGUCCUUGUUCCGGUAUCGCUCAUCUGUCAUAUGAGGACAAGGAAUGGAAGGCUUUCACCUGCUUCACCUUGUUGGAAGGUAUCCACGGGUUCCCUCAAAAGGUCGGCGCUCACAGGCCCAGGGGCAGUCACAAUGACAAGCUCUCUUACGACGAGAAACGAGCUAUGGAAAACGAGUUUAGGGACAAGGAUCCCGAGGUUUUGAUCAUCGGCGGUGGACACAACGGAUUGGCAGCUGCCUCGCAGCUCAACACUCUUGGUGUUCAGACGCUCGUGAUCGACCGACAGAAACGAGUCGGUGACAACUGGCGCACUCGUUACAAGUCGUUGUCUCUGCACGACCCUGUAUAUGCCAAUCAUCUGCCAUUCUUCCCCUUCCCUUCAAACUGGCCCAUCUUCACUCCCGCAGGAAAGUUGGCCAACUUCAUGGAAGCCUACGUAGACGUUCUCGAGAUCAACAGCUGGUGCGAAGCCACGCUGGACCCCAAGCAGACUCGAUUCGAUGAGAAGGAGAACAAGUGGAACGUCACCAUCGUCAGACAACUUCGAGGACAGGAAGUGAGGCGACAGAUGAAGGUCUCUCACCUCGUACUGGCUACCGGACUCGGAGGUGGAAAGCCCAAGAUGCCGGCUUCUUUCCCUGGACAGGAAGAGUUUGGAGGCAAGGUCGUCCAUUCGAGUCGACAUGGUAGCGGAGCUGAUUGGAAGGGGAAAAAGGCGUUGGUCGUUGGCGCCUGUACGAGUGGACAUGAUAUCUCCGUCGACUUUGCGCAGAAUGGUGCAAAUGUCACUAUGCUGCAACGAUCCCCGACAUUCGUCAUGUCGGUCUCCAAGGGUAUGGAGAUGAUGGUCAGCGGCUUGUAUGGCGAAAACACCCCGCCGACAGAUCUGGCCGAUAGAAUUGCCGAGUCCAACCCCAAGCUCGUGGCCAAAAUGUACCACCAGCGAAUCAUCCCCAAGCUCGCGCAAGUCGACGGGGAGUUGCUAUCCGGGUUGGAAAAGGCCGGCUUCAAGGCUUGGUCUGGUCCCGAGGGAAGCGGGUUCUUGAUGAUGGCGCUUGAGAAAGCUGGAGGCUACUACUUUUCGACGGGUGGAUCCGAGAUGAUCUGUAAGGGGGACAUCAAAGUCAGGCAGGGCGAGAUCGCCAGCUUUGGAAAGGGUACGAACGAGAUCACCUUCAAGGACGGGUCCAAGGAGGCGUUCGACGUCGUUGUCUUUGCCACCGGUUACACCGGAUUCCCGGACACGAUCAGGGAGACGAUCGGUGGCGACUGGGCUGAAAAGUUCAACCCCGUCUGGGGUCUCGACGAAGAGGGCGAGAUCAGGGGUGUCUGCAGGGAGAGCGGGAUUCCCAACUUCUUCUUCCUGGUGGGCAACCUCUCGGCUUGCCGACUGAGCUCCAAGAUACUCGCCCUUCAAAUCAAAGCACAGCAACUGGGCAAAUUUGGUGACCGAUACACCUAUGACGCUCAGAAAAAGUCAGGUCAUUUGCCCGACAAGACCAAGUUCGAGGCCAUCAAGGGAAUGAACGGGCAUCCCGAGGUCGUCAAGGAUUACGAAUAAAGACAAAGUGUACAUGCAUUGAAAGUUGAACGAUCAGGAAAGGACAAUACAUAGCAUGAAAUAAGCGAGAGGACUUUUGGACUUCUUCCGUUAUGAGGAGACACUAGUUUGCGGUAUAGCUAGACCAAGACCCGAAUCGUAUUGAGUGACAACUACGAUUAUUUUCGAUAGAGCUCGAUGGAAGGCUUCGCUGCGUGCGGUUCAUGGAAAUUCUGUAUUGGGGUCGAAUAAAUUACCUUGAUCUUAUAGCUGGCACAUUGUUAGCAACAUCUAACGCAAAC